CGCCCUCUAGAUAGGAACGUAUCGAGUGUAACGAAGACACGUGUACUCGAGCAGGAGCCGGAAAGAGCCAUUUUCUUUCGAGAUUUGAGAAGGAGGUGAUCGUUAGCCAGCGUGGCCGGUGUGCUAGUGCACUAUACCAUAUAUACUGCCAUAAUGGCGGCUAUAUUACUUUUGUUGAUGGUAUCAAUUUUAUCUGCAACAUACACGGUAGGAGAAAACGUACCAUCAGUUAUUUCUUACUUAUCAGAAAAUGAUAAAAUUCGUUUAAAACACGUCAUCGAUCCUGGUUUGAAUCUGCAAGAUCCAGCUUCGACAUAUUAUAGUUUGUACGGAUAUCAACUUCUUCAUGAAACUAUACCUAAUAAAGAAAAAAUUUGUAAUUAUCUGUUAAAAUCCAUUGGGGAUGGUAACAAUGUUGUACCUGAAACAGCCUUUUAUAUCGUAUCAGCAUGGAAAGUUAUUAAUACAUGCCAAGAUUUACCAAUACCUGCGAUUACAAAGGUUUUGAUGAAUACUAUAGACAAAGAUACAUCUUCUACGUUUGCUGAAUUAUAUUAUGCUGUAAAUACAUUAACACUCUUAUCACAAAAAUUAACUACAGAGAAAUCUGAAAAAUUAGCUAAGACAUUGGCUUUCAGAAAAGACGACAGUCUGUGGAAUCUUGGAUAUACCUUCCACAUUGCUUCUGAUCUUGGGUCCUUUGGUACAUUUGCUUUGCAUCGUAUCGAAGAUGCUAUCAUACAAGCUGAUGAAGUAAAUGGACAGUUCUUGCAAUUCGAAGGUGGUCUGUCUAUAACAAGCUUCCUCGUAAAUGGUAUCUUCAAGCUUAGUAAUUCGUUAAAAAAGAAACCACUCCUGACGUCUCAGCAAAUUGUCAAACUAACUAAUUAUCUUUUGUCGAGACGAUCCGUACAAACUCCUAAGGGCGUUGUAAGUCUUCUUUCAGCACUGAAUACAUUGGCAGCGUACGAACAUGAAACAUUAGUAUGUAUUACCUUACCCGAAGAAGGAGUCAUUGUUUCAAACAAACAACCACUUGUUACUGUUAAAGUUUGCGAUAUUUUUGGUAAACCGUUGGCAACAGUACCUAAAGUUAUCACAAAUUAUGUUACUAAAUUGGAUGAUGAUACUGCUAUCCUCAAUAAAGAAAUAUUACAGCCUUCAACAACAGAUAAAACAUUGUUUACGAUGAAUUUAAUGAAAGCUAAGCCAGAACGUGGAUUUUAUAAAAUAUCAGUCUCAGCAGCAUCUGUAACCAACAUCGUUAAGGUCAAAGUUCUUUCCGAAGUAGUAGUUGAUUAUUUAGAAAUAGGAACAGGCGAUGCUGAUCAAACUACGCAACCAAAAUUAACAAGAGUAACAUAUCCUGAAAAACUAAGUCAGAAGAUAGAGGCAGAUUCCCAACAAAAAUUAGUUGUUAGAUUUUUAUUGAAAGAUUCAGCUAAUAAAAAACCAAUGCGCGUUCACCAAGCAUUUAUCCGUUUAUCAUCUACUUCUACUACUAAUAUUAACAAUGAAAAUGAAAUAACAUUUGUAGCUGAGCCAGAUAAUGCUAAUAUUUAUAAAUUUGAUAUGCCUCUAGCAGCAACAGCGAUAAACUUUGCGUAUCGCAGCGGGGAUUAUAAAAUAGCUUUAGUUAUCGGUGAUUCUGUAUUAAGUAAUUCUUUUGAAUGGACUAUUGCUAUGGUAAAUUUGAAAUUCCCUGAUGCUGUUACUGCUGAAUCGAGCGAUAAGAAUGCUUUUUUCAAACAGAAAGCAGAUAUAUAUACAACCAAACCAGAAAUAAAGCACAUGUUCCGUGAACCGGAGAAGAGGCCACCAGCUUUCGUAUCAAAUUUAUUUACUGGCCUAUGCUUAGCACCUGCCCUUUUACUUAUUAUUUUGUGGGCAAAACUUGGCGUCAAUAUAUCUAAUUUUCCUUUAUCUCUCAGUGCUGUAACAUUCCAUCUUGGAUUAGGAGGUAUUUUCAUACUGUUUGGAGUAUUCUGGUUAAAAUUGAACAUGUUCGUAACAUUGCGUUAUCUUCUGGGACUUGGUGUUGUUACAUUCCUUGCCGGUAACAAAUUGUUAUCGAACAUUGCCCAUAAACACAAAUCAUAAAUCAUUGAAUUAUAAACGGAGGUUCCUUUAGCACGCUCAAGUGAUAAUAUUAUUAUUACUACAAGUGCAUUUUAUAAUAAUGAAAGUUAUAAACAUGUACGUUAUUGAAAAAAGGGAAGUAUGUGUGUAUUUAAAAAUAUGCACAGUUACUCAAAAACGAACAUUCAUUUUUAUAGGUCGAAAGUGUAACGUCGCUAAUUCAAUGUUGAUGCAAAAGUGAUAUACUUAUCGAAUAUCGUUUUAACUAUAUAAUUUAAUAAACAUAUUGAAAAAAAAUAUAUGCAAUACUAUAUAAUUCUCAAAUACAUUACUUUAGAAUGUUCUAGUUUUUCUACGUAUUAAUUUGUACAUAAAGACUUCAUAAAUAAAAUUUAAAUUUAGAUAUAUAAUUAUAAAUAAAUAUAAAUAUAUGUAUUGCAUUUAUUGUAACAAACUAAUGAACGAAAUUAUGCGAUA